AUGCAGUUCCGAAAAAGGAAAAAUGAGCACCAAAAGCUUAUGGAAUUUGUAAAGGAAAUCACACCUCCAGCUGCGCCAACUACUUUUAAGGUUCUUCAACAUAAUGAACAUAGAAACAUGCUAGGUUAUUCGGGAAGAUCAGCCGCAGGAAGAAAAAGAACUCUUAGAAAGCGUUCACAAACAGUAAGAAAACUAAAAAAGGCGGAAAGAGAACUAGACAACUACAGAAAAAAAGCAUCACGUUACAAAACAAAAUAUUACAGACUGAGAAGGCAACUUUUCGAUUCCAAUAAGAGUUCUCCAAGGCAAAAAGUAGCUAACCUAAUAAAAGGUCAAAAGGUUACAAAAGAAGUUCAGCCACGAUUGCUCUUUGGAGAAGUCCUGUUUACUCAACUUCAGCAUAAUUUUAGGAACCUAGGUUACAGCGCGAAAAAGAAAAAGCAAUUUAUACAAUACGUUUCUGGAGACUUUAUUAAGAAAUACCGAUUAAAAACGGGGCAAAACAGUUCUUAG